AUGGGAAAGGUCAGAGCCGCCACGCAGAGACAGAUGCACACCAUCCACGUCCACACCCACCCACAGCUCGACAUUCCCCCUUCCCCUUGCCCCCCCUCCCCCCUCCCCUGCGCUAGCCUCCCGGCACCGAUCGACCGAUAUCCCUGCUCUGGAUCACGGCCUUGUCGACUGUGGGGUAAGGGGACUCCCCUGCUUGUGACCGAUCUUCUCCUCGACGCGGAAGCGCACACACCCUCCCCUGGUCCUCCUCCUUCAGGCUUCGCCCUCCUUCUCCUCCUCGCCUUCGCUCUCAGUCAGAACCUCUGCAGUGGUUCGACCGGUUCGACGCCAGAUCCGUCCAUCACAGGGUUGGCCCGGCUUGACAUGGACGCGCACGCCCCCUUGCUGAGCGGGACAAUCUGUGACCAGGGCAUCACAACUUGA